CCCCUUCCUGAAGUCCCAGUCUUCAGAAAAAAAAGGAUCUACAACUGGAAAUCUGCUUUAAACAAUUAACCAGCAUUGCAUGUGUUGCCUUUGGCCCUUGUGUGGAGUCCUGCUGGGUGUUGGUAGAGUGUUUUGGAUCCUGGGGACUUGAGAGGAACCUGGUGUACAGGGUUGUGGCUACAGGCUGUACUCAGACAGGUUUCAUUGGCUGCUGGUAGUCGCUGUGCCUGCCCUUCAACGUCUGUCAUCUACCAGAAAGGACCUGUGUGUAGGAGGCAGAAGAUGCCAUGCUCCAGAUUGCAUCCAUCCAUCCCACAUCCCAGGGGUCACCGGGCCCAGCAGAUGGCCUUGAUCCUGCUGGGGGCCUGCCUGGUGGCCCUUUGGGGACUUGGAAAUUCUCCAGACCAUACUCUUCAGUACCUGGUAUUCUACUUAGCCUCUCUGCAGUUGGGACUGCUGUUAAAAGGGAUCUGCUGUCUGGCUGAGGAGCUAUGCCACAUCCAUUCCAGGUACCAAGGUAGCUACUGGAAGGCUGUGAGGGCCUGUGUGGAUUGUCCCAUCCGCCGUGGAGCUGUGCUGCUGCUGUCCUGCUAUUUCUACUGCUCCCUCCCAAACCCCACUGGCCAGCCCCUCAGUUCGAUGCUGGCCUUCCUGGGCUUCUCACAGGCCCUGAGCAUCCUCCUGGGUCUCCAGGGCCUGGCCCCAGCUGAAGUCUCUGCAGUCUGUGAAAAAAGGAACUUCAACGUCGCCCAAGGACUGGCAUGGUCAUAUUACGUUGGAUACCUGCGGCUGAUCCUGCCAGGACUCCGGGCUCGGAUCCAAACUUAUAACCAGUUCCACAACAACAUGCUACGAGGUGCAGGGAGCCAACGGCUGUAUAUCCUCUUCCCGCUGGAGUGUGGGGUGCCUGAUGACCUGAGUGUAGCUGACCCCAACAUUCGCUUCCUGCAUACUCUGCCCCAGCAGAGUGCUGACCGUGCUGGCAUCAAGGGCCGGGUUUACUCCAACAGCAUCUAUGAGCUUCUGGAGAAUGGGAAGCCGGCAGGUACCUGUGUCCUGGAGUAUGCCACCCCCUUGCAGACCUUGUUUGCCAUGUCACAGGAUGGCAGAGCUGGCUUUAGCCGGGAGGAUCGGCUUGAACAGGCCAAACUCUUCUGUCGAACACUUGAGGACAUCCUGGCAGAAGUCCCUGAGUGUCAGAACAACUGUCGCCUCAUUGUCUACCAGGAAUCUGCAGAGGGGAGCAGCUUCUUGCUGUCACAGGAAGUUCUCCGGCACAUGCGGCAGGAGGAAAAAGAGGAGGUUACUUUGAGCACCAUGGGGACCUCAGUGGUGCCCAGUUCCUCCACCCUGUCCCAAGAGCCCAAGCUCCUCAUCAGUGAUAUGGAACAGCCUCUCCCACUCCGCACUGAUGUCUUCUGAGGCCCAGGGUCAUCUUGCCUGAGCCUUCGAGAAUCAGAACUGGAGCUUGCUUCAACUGCUGGAUGUUCAGCAGAGCCAUGCCUCCCAAAGAGGACUUUGCAGAGAAAGUUUCUGGACUUGACAUCUCCAGAUGAGUCCUGUAUCCAUGGGCAAGCCAUUUUACCUUUUUGAGCUGUAAUCUCUUCUACAAAAUGGGAUUAUAAUUAUUGCCCUACCUCACAGGGUUGUUGUGAGGACUGUGCAUAUGUAGAAGUUUUGUCUAAGCUCUAAGUACCAGGUAAACUUAAGGGGUAUGCCAGUUAUUUUCCGUUAGACCCUCUAGUGCCCAGGGACAGAUUUGUCUGGGUGGCACAACAGACUCUCUUGUCCUUGGAUUUCUGGUCAUCUUUGCUCAAUGGGGAGCUUCAGCAGGAGAAUGGAGGGAGGAAGAGGUUGGGGUGUUUAUCCCAGCUCCCUCCUGGCAGUUCAAAAGUCGAGUGGGCUCUCUUGACAAGUGACCCUCCUGGCAAACCUGUCCAUCUCCAGGUUUGGGGAACUGCCUCCUCUCCUUACCCCUGGCAAUGGCAUUGGCUCUCCAGUAAAGGCCUCACUCUCA